AUGUCCCAGUCCUUAAAUCACCUACCUCCCGAGGUGCUUCUGUGCAUCUUGUCUUUCCUUGAUGUCCCAGAUCUAUUGCAGCUCAGCCGUACUUGCCAUGUCUUACGCGACAUUGCUUGCGACCCCCUUUUGCACCUCGAGCGCAUACAUCAUGCCUCCCAUACACUGUCUGUUGCGCUUGCAAGAAGACCGCUCAAGUCGUCCAUUAGCCCGCCCAAUUCUUGGAUAUGGCUGAGCAAGACAAACGUUCUGUCGAGACAAAUCAGCAAAAGUCUGGUUCGCAUCCGGCUCAGUCACAAUCUCGAACACAGACCAAGUCCGCAUGAUUUGGUGGAGCGUUCCAUCCUGCCAUCUACGUGCACCACAUAUUCCUCCCUCGUGUCCCCAGCUCUGAUCCAGUCGCGGCAAGCUGUCGAGAGACGGCGGCUGAUGGACGGCCUGGGUAGGAAACUUGAGCGGCGGCCCAGUAUGAAUAGCCUGAUUUCCCUGAACAUCAUGCCUGAAGAGUGCGCCAGACGCAAUGUCUCGCCUGCGAUUGUGGCGACACGACGAAAGGUCAUACGGGAGGGGUUAAAGGAUGGUCUCCGAGCCUGGCUUGAGGGUCGAGGUCUACAAGCACAAAAGCGCAAAGCGGAUGAGCUGGAGGCAGCCGAGGGAAACACGGUCAAGACUCUGGUGAGGCGGUUUGCGGCACGAAAGCUGGCCCUCGAGAGAGCAGAGAAGAUCGAUCCUGUAAGUCUAGAGAAGAGAAGGGCACAGGCGCGAUGGGGAAGGGAGGCGGAAAUCGCCAGAGAGGCCGAGGCGAAGAGGGAGAUGGCGGACAGUGGGUGCACGCAUCCCACCCGGGCACACGUCCUGGGCUUGAAGAAAUUCUGGGAAGGUGUUAUUCGAGCUGCAGCCGGAUGA